AUGCGCCCAAAGGCAGCAGAAGCAGAUGCUGCGGCAGAGGGAGAGGAGGCAGACUCGAAGGGCCCGAAGAAGGUCAUCUGGGACACGGCGGACCUUACGUGGUGGGACUUCUACAAGCGACGCUGGACAACGCUGUGGCUCAUGAAAAACGUGUACACGCGUUACAAAACCGUGCUGGAGCAGACAGAGGGCUUGCCCGAGGGACCACAGCGCGAGGCGAUUUGGCAGGAGUGCCACGCGAUUAGCGCCGUGGAGCUGAAGCGCCAUGCGGAGGAGGCGAAAGGCCUCUUCAUCAAGGCCGGUCAGGUCAUGAGUGCCAUGGUCGGCACCCUUCCGGAUGCCUUUACUCAGGAGUUCUUGUCUCUGACAGACCACCUGCCCGUGAGCACCGUCCAGGAGGUCUAUCGCACGAUACAGCGGACCUUUCACCAAGCUCCCAAGGACAUCUUCUGCGAGUUCGACCCAGAGCCCUUGGCGUCAGCUUCCAUCGCGCAGGUCCAUCGAGCACGGCUGAGGGCCACGAAGAAGAUCGUGGCGGUGAAGGUACAGCAUGACGGCGUAGACCGAAUCUUCCUCGAAGACAUCGAGACUCUCACAGCCGUGGCAGAGCAGUUGGCGGCCUGGUGGCCAGACCUCGACUUCAGGAAGUUCGCGGAGGAAUGGAGGGAGUCCCUUCCGCGAGAGCUGGACUUCACUCACGAGCGGACUGCUCUGGAACGUGCCGGGAAAGCGCUGAGAGAGGCAGGGAAUUGGUGCGUGGUCCCGGAGGUUCACCUGAACCUCUGCGGACCCCACGUCUUUGUGAUGGAGUUUAUUGACGCCGGGCCGAUCCUCGACCUGGGGGACGCAAAGUUCUGUGAGGAGAACAAGGUGGACAAGCACAGAGUCCUUGAGGAGCUCAUCCAUGCCUUCGGAAUCAUGGCAUUCCGGGACGGCAUGUUCCAUGCGGACCCGCAUGCCGGCAAUGUGCGGCUGAAGGUGGAUGCCAAAGCGCCCGGAGGGGCGAGGCACGAUGGGUUAUGGUUCAGAGCUUAG